AAUCAUCAGAACUGUGUGUUCAUGUUUAAAAGUUAAAAAAAAAUGUCAUUUGUUUUUGUCAUGUAUGUCAAAUGCAUGCUGACUUUUAAUGUAUGGCGACAUCUUUUGUUGUGUUUCGAAAUGCCAGUUAUUAUUAUUAUUAAGGUGAAUCAGUCGAAAAAUGUAGGAAUGUGGAUGAGAUGCUUGCAAUAGUUUGUUGCUGAAUGAGCAGAAAUAAUAGAAACACGUCCCACGAUAAUAUAUUGAAGUUAAACACAAGUCUACCUAAAAAAAAAGAACAAUAAUUAACUUGAAAAAACAUCCAUCCAGCCACCCAUCCAUCCAUUUUCUGAGUCGCUUAUUCUCAGACAAAUAAAAUUAUUAACUACAUUACCCACAAAUCCCGUGGAGGCAGGUGUUUUCCCAAAAGUGCGUGAGUCAUGGCAGAUAUUUUACAUCAGAAAAAAAUCCACUCCACCAAAAUGACUGUCGCAAAACAUGCAUAAACCCUAUUAUGCAAUACCAAGGAAGAAUAUUUAUUUAAAUCUCUCACAGUGGGGAUUUAAAGUAGCGCGUGUGUGGUUGUGUUAUUAAAGUGCGUGCAAUAUUAUCUUCGCAAACAAAUGUUUCGAAAUCGACAGUGCAAUGCAGUGACAAGUGAAUAAGGAAAAAAAGCAGGCCGCCCUCUUCUGGACAAUACUGAAAUUGUCUAGUUUACGGUUCUUGCGCUUUCCUUAUCGGGACUCACUUCCUGUUUUAUUUUCGCGGGAGUUUUUCGUAGGGCUGGGUCACAUGGACACGCAAAGGACUGUCAUUGGAUAUCCGUAAUGAACCCGUGGUGAACACGGAAUUGUAUCGACCAAUCCCAUGUUACGUUCUUGUUGCGUCACGACGUCGUGGCGCGAAAAGUCUUCAUUGUGCAGACAAACUUUAGAAAGCUGCACGUCGGUCGGAUUUGUUUAGCAUUUAAUAGCGUUUUUUUCCCUCCCCAGCUAAAUAAACUCAAACUCUUGCAUCAUGGCUACCGAUGUUGUAGAUGACCUUUCGAUGAGAGAGGCACAGAGAGAUUAUUUGGAUUUUCUGGACGAUGAUCAAGACCAGGCCGUUUACCAAAGCAAAGUCCGUGACAUGAUCAGCGAGAAUAAGUCUCGUCUCAUCGUCAACAUUAACGACCUGAGGAGACGCAAUGAAGCACGGGCUGCCAAGUUGAUGAACAACGCUUUUGAAGAGCUGAUGGCCUUCCAACUGGCCCUGAAGGACGUGGUGGCCUCGGUGGACGCCACCUACGCCAAACAGUACGAGGAGUUCAACAUCGGCUUGGAAGGAAGCUUCGGCACCAAGCACGUCACCCCGAGGACGCUCACCUCCAGGCUGCUGGGCAGCAUGGUCUGUGUGGAGGGCAUCAUCACCAAAUGUUCUCUCGUGCGCCCCAAAGUGGUGCGCAGUGUCCACUAUUGCCCCGCCACCAACAAGACCAUGGAGAGGAAGUACACAGAUAUGACUUCUUUGGAUGCUUUCCCUUCUAAUUCCAUCUACCCCACCAAGGACGAAGAGAACAACCCGCUAGAAACAGAGUUCGGACUAUCUGUCUACAAGGACCACCAGACCAUCACGGUUCAGGAGAUGCCGGAGAAAGCCCCGGCGGGCCAGUUGCCUCGCUCUGUGGACAUUAUUCUGGACAAUGACUUAGUGGACGUGGUCAAACCAGGAGACAGAGUGCAGGUCAUCGGAACGUACCGCUGCCUGCCUGGAAAGAAGGGAGGCUUCACAUCUGGGACAUUCAGGACUAUCAUGAUCGCCUGUAAUGUCAAACAGAUGAGCAAGGAAGUGUCCCCAACCUUCAGUGCCGAAGACAUCAGCAAAAUUCGAAACUUCAGUCGCAGUCGCUCUGGCAAUGUUUUCGAUCAGCUGGCUCGCUCACUGGCCCCCAGCAUCCACGGUCACGAAUACAUCAAGAAGGCGAUUCUCUGCAUGUUGCUUGGUGGGGUGGAGAAGGUGCUGGAAAACGGCUCGCGACUCAGAGGAGACAUCAACAUUCUGCUCAUUGGUGACCCUUCUGUCGCCAAAUCUCAGCUUCUGCGUUACGUUCUCCACACCGCACCGAGAGCAAUCCCCACCACUGGACGGGGUUCCACUGGGGUUGGCUUGACCGCUGCUGUCACCACUGACCAGGAAACCGGGGAGCGGCGUCUGGAAGCCGGCGCCAUGGUGCUGGCUGACCGCGGCGUGGUGUGCAUCGACGAGUUUGACAAGAUGUCCGACAUGGACCGCACGGCCAUCCACGAGGUCAUGGAGCAGGGUCGAGUCACUAUCGCUAAAGCCGGCAUCCACGCCCGCCUUAAUGCCCGUUGCUCUGUUCUGGCGGCCGCCAACCCCGUCUACGGCAGAUAUGACCAGUACAAGACCCCCAUGGAGAACAUCGGACUGCAGGACUCCUUGCUGUCACGUUUCGACCUCCUCUUCAUCGUGCUGGAUCAGAUGGAUCCGGAGCAGGACCGGGUGAUUUCUGACCACGUCCUCAGGAUGCACCGCUAUCGUGACCCCCGUGAGCAGGAGGGUGCAGCAAUGGCUCUAGGCGGCUCAGUCGACGUCCUGGCCACAGACGACCCAGAUGUUGUGGCGCAAGAGCACGAAGAGCUGCAGGUUUUUGAGAAACACAACAACCUGCUGCAUGGAAAUAAAAAAAAGAGAGAGAAGAUUGUCAGCAAGGAAUUUAUGAGGAAGUACAUCCACAUCGCCAAGGGGGUGACGCCGGUGCUGACGGAGGAGGCGGCCAAUCAUAUCGCAGAAGAGUACUCAAGGUUGAGGAGCCAGGAGCAGCUGAGUGCUGAUAUUGCCAGAACGUCUCCAGUGACGGCUCGUACGCUGGAGACCCUGAUCCGUCUGUCCACGGCUCACGCCAAGGCCCGCAUUAGCAAAGUGGUUGAGAUUGAAGACUCUGAAGUUGCGGUUGAGCUCGUCCAGUUCGCUUACUUCAAGAAGGUGCUCGAGAAAGAAAAGAAGCGUUCCAGAAAGCAACAUGCGUCUGGCUCGGAUGAAGAGGAACCGGAAGAGGAGGCAUCUACUCAGCAGUCACAGAGAUCUCAGACAAAGAGGGUGCGCCGUGGGUCUCAAGGCAGCGAGCCCUACAGUCCAUAUGACUUCAGUGAAGAGCAGGAAGUCCCUGAGAUUCAGGCCUCUGCAGGGAAAAAAGCCAAGCGGACGCAGGAGCAGGAGGGACAAAUGGAUACCGCCUCACCGGCUGAGGUCGCUGAGCUCUCUACUGAAAGGCUGAAGGAGUUCAAGUCGUCCCUGUUGGCCGUUUUCCAGUCUGCCCACGCUCAGUCGGUAAAGAUGCAGGUGCUGAUGGAUGGCAUCAACAAAGAGCGUCGGGUGCGCUUCACCGAGGCGGAGGUCCGCGCCGCUUUGACUCGCAUGCAGGAUGAUAACCAGGUCAUGGUGGCUGAUGACAUCAUCUUCCUCAUCUGAGAACAGGUUCAAGGAUGAGCGUAAUUGUGCAUAUUGACGCACAACUGGCACAACUCCUACAAGCAAUGUCCUUAACUGACUUCGACCUGUGAUUUGUGCUUAUCUAUAGUUUUGAUCAGUCUGCAGAAGAGAAUGUAUUUGCUACCACCUUCAUCCAGGAUGCACAGUCUUGAGUUUAGAAAGCCACAGAUGACUCAUACCAGAGCUUGUUAAAAAAAAUGUUUUUACUUUUUUUCUAAAGGUAAUCAACAUCUUAUAAAAACACAGUGUCAUCACAUGUCAUCUCCUUAAGAUUUGUUUGUCUCCAAUUUUGUUUUCCCCAAACCGUUUAAUUUUUCCUCUGAUGACUCAAGGUUGAAUUUUCACUGAGGUCAAAUGUUAUGACAUCAUUUCAUAUGAGCCGAAAAUUUGAAAUAUGUGAAGAAAUUGUGAUUACAGUGAGAUUCAAACCCAGAACAUCUGAUUGCAAAGAUGUCUGCCACAUGAGUCUUUUUUGUUUUUGUUUUUUUGUGUAGUCUAAAUGUGUUGCUGUCAUUCCUGUAACCACUGAGAUGACAUG